GCCCGGCUUCCUCUGCCUGGCUGCGCUCGUGCCCGGCGGCUCCCUCGCUCCGUCGACGCGGCUCCGCUUCUCUCGGUGAAGUUUCGGUGCUCCAGCGGCGGCACGAUGUGUAAUUACGUGUGUUUAAACGACUAAAACGGGCGCAGACAUCACCGCGUUCACCUCCCGGGACACGUCCGGCCGCAGGAGACACGACACCGGGUCAGGAGCCGCUGCCUUCCGCUGGUUCUGGAUCAAGGUUCAUGUUUUUUCCCCCCUCAGACGUUGGCUGGAACGAUGUGUAAGAGACGUGGCCGGCUGUGGAGCGCGGCGGGCCUGGAUCCUGCUCCUCGACACCACGGCUGAGGAGCUGCAGAGGACUGAGGACUCUCCCCAGCACACCUGAAUAUAAAGACCUGACUCCGCCUCUGUCAGGCCUCCCUCAGCAUCGCCUCAGUCUGUCCUCGUUGUCCAGGCUUGAACUGACCUUUGCUGGAAUAUAAUAAACAGACACGUUCAGAUCUCCAGCAGGCAGCCUCCUCAGGUGCCCCCCGAUUAUUGUUUUAUGAAUCUGAAUCUCAGAUACACCCAGCAACCAUGAGGAACACCAGAUCGAGCUUUCUGCUGGGCUGCGUGCUCCUCUGCUCAGCCUCCCUGGUCUACCUGGGCAUGAACGGGAUCGAGUGCCCGCGAAAAAGCCAUCGGUAUCGGUGGAUGGAGCUCAACCUGGGCUCAGCCAAUCAGAGCCUGUCCCUGACUGAACACUUCCCCGAAGACACGCCCCUCAUCUUCAUCGGCGGCUUUCCCAGGAGCGGCACGACGCUGAUGCGUGUCAUGCUGGACGCCCACAAUCAUGUGCGCUGCGGCGAAGAGACCCGAGUGAUCCCACGCCUGUUAGCCAUGCGGGCCACCUGGAGCCGCUCGGUGAAGGAGAGGAUACGACUGGACGAGGCCGGCGUCACUGACCAGGUGUUGGACUCUGCAGUCAGAGCGUUCCUGUUGGAGGUGAUAGUUGGCCACGGGGAGCCGGCACCUCGCCUUUGCAACAAGGAUCCGUUUGCCCUGAAGUCGCUCUCAUAUCUGUCGCGCAUCUUCCCUAAAGCCAAAUUUGUGCUCAUGCUGAGAGACGGGCGGGCGACCGUCCACUCCAUGAUAUCACGCAAGGUGACCAUCUCCGGCUUCGACCUGACCAGCUACAGGGACUGUCUGACCAAGUGGAGCAGCGCGGUGGAGACCAUGUUCAGCCAGUGCCAGGCGGCCGGGGAGACCAGAUGUUUGCCCGUCCGCUACGAGCAGCUCGUCCUCCACACAGAGGAGGAAAUGAGGAAGUUGCUUCAUUUCCUAGAGCUGCAGUGGGACCCGUCAGUGUUGCACCACGAGGAGCUGAUUGGAAAAGCUGGUGGCGUGUCUCUGUCCAAGGUGGAGCGCUCCACAGACCAGGUGAUGAAGCCGGUGAACACGGACGCCCUCUCCAACUGGGUCGGACACAUUCCCUCUGACGUGUUGAGUGACAUGGCUGAAAUCGCCCCCAUGCUGGCUCGCCUGGGCUACGACCCCCACGCCAACCCGCCCGACUACACCAGACCAGAACCUGUAGCAUAUCCGGCCAACUACUCACAGAGUUUGAAAGCAACAGACGCUCCACACCCCAGUUAAACGAAACCGUUCCACGAUGAGGAUGCACCUUAAACACGGACUUCCAGUAAUGAAUCCUCACAGGAAAGUUUUUAAAUUGUUCCAUGUGUAUUUUUUGAAUUGUUUGUAAGACUUGAGUGCAGUGGUAAUGUCUGUGCACAGGUGGAGCGUUUAAAAUACGGACUCGUUACGGCGGUUUGGUGUUGAUAUCUCAGCUCUAAAAUCACACGUGAACUACCUGCUCGAAGAAGUUCGCUGCUUCUCGCGUCUCCUCCACAGUGGACCGACAGUAUUACACUGCAGUUCGAUGCGUCCUCUCACCUCGUACGUGAAAAUAUUUCAACAUGUCUGUCGGUUGUUAUGAUUCAGCACAAAUGUGAAUGUGUCUUUAGACCAGUGCUACACUUACUGAGAGUCCAGUCAGUGUUCAUGAAGCAUAACGACUGUAUAUUUUUGAAGACGUAUGUUUAUUUUCUUAAUAAAUUAUUUUGGUGUCGACCAUUCAUUCAGGAAUGUAAAGUUGUUUACUCUGAAUUGAGGCUUUUUAAAUGUUGUAUAUUGUUCAACACGAAUAAUGAUAAUAAAAAAGAGUCUAAAUGUCA